AUGGACAAGCUAUUCAACGCGGGCAAGGAGUUCCUCGAGAGCCAGAACCAGCGUCAGGACCAGCGAGGGGACAACGAUGAGGAAUUUCGCAACGCCCACGACGAAGCCUCCAGGCUCGCUGGCUCGUCCGGCAACAGCGCCAUGUUCUCGCAGAUCAUGGGCGCCAUCGGCCAAAAAAAGGGCCAGAUCGCCAACGAAGAUCUCGACGAGGAGGACGCCAUCAGCAAGUACAAGCAUGCUUACCAGAACGACGGGCGCGGCGACGAGACCACGCUCGGCGUCGCCGCCGCCAUGCAGGCCCUUAAAAAGUUCAACCAGGGGGAGGGUAGCGGCAGUAGCGGCGCCAGCCAGAGCCAAGGCUCCUUCGUGGCCAUCGCCAUGUCCGAGGCCAGCAAGCUCUUCGACAGCAAGGCCGCCGACGGCAAGAUCGCCGACGGCGCGAGCAAGGAGUCCACCGUCCAAAAGGCCGGCGAGAUGGCCAUGAAGAUGUAUUUCAAGUCACAGGGCCAGCAGCAGGGAGGCUUGAUGGGUCUCGCUUCCAAAUUCAUGUAA